AUGAGUCGAUUAAGAGCGCAGUCAACUCACUGGGAAGUCACUUGCUCUUUCCAAACAAACUCUGUUGAUAUUUACCGAGAUUAUGCCAGGGCAAGCUUCAAGGAGUUUGACGUAUUAGAUUUUGUGGGUGUUAAAGUAUGUAAAAAGAUGGAGUACAUCAAUAUCCGCGGUCAACAGUGUACACAAUGUACGGUAGGUUGGUUUGCAAAGCUCAACCAAUGGGCACUUCAUAUCGACGGUCCUGCUUCGACAACUUGUCAGUUCAAGCCAGGGAAAGAUGCUGUAUUCACUGAGGAUAGCUUCGGUCAUUACUGGGCAACAAAUAAGAAAUUUCGUUGUACCACAUCGCCGGAUGCCACAACGAACUAUUGGUUCGGUGGUUAUUCCUAA